ACGUGGUUACGGUGGGCGCGGCUUGUUCCUCGGGAUUCAUUCAUAAAUCUGUGGGCCGGUGACGGAGCUGCAGCUCGAAGAGGAACCCGGCGUUGAGAAGCGGGCACCGGCAAUAGUGGCAUCUGGAGAAGGAAACAAGCUGUGAAGCAGCUGAGCCGGGAGCGACAGUGUGGAAGUGUAAGAUCAUGAGCUAUGUGUCACCUGCAUGGAACAAUAUAACUGAUAGCUCCACGACCACCCCCAGCACACCCUCACAAGAUGGGUAUGUUUUACUCUUGGUUCUGCUCUCAGUCUUUAUUGGAGGGACACUUCUUCUACUCACUGGGGUCCUUAUUCUCUGCAAACGCUGUUGUGACUCCCGUCUACGGCAAUCCAGACCCAGUGAUGAUGCAGAAAAAACAAACACUUCAUACGUGGACGAAUCACAGCCACCUCAGGAAAUAACAAUCCGAGUGGAGGAUGCAGAAUCUUUAUCAACCACAGCACUCAGAGAUAUGGAGUCAGAAAGAUUUUUGUGUACAACUUCCAGUGGACGAAGAGUAUCAUUUAAUGAAGGUGCUCUUUCUGGACAAGAGAGGAAAGAUAGGGAAAAGGGAAGAAGGUACACCUUGACUGAGGGAGAUUUUCACUAUCUAAAAAAUGCGAGGCUUACGUUUCAACCUCUCCCAUCACUACCCCCCACUGCUCUACAGAUCCUAACCAUACAUGAAAGUGAAGGUGGUGAAAGCAGCAGCAGUGGUGGUGCUUCUGAGACAAGACCACCUUCUCCCAGCAAAUCCAAUAUCUCAAUAUAUCAGCCCCCCCGCAGUUCUCCUGCACCAGUGACUCGCCUAUCACUCAGUCUAAGCUCUGCUCUUCCUGGAGACAUGUACAAUUCUGUGGCUGAUACCAGCUUUAUGGAGACCCCAGUGCACAGUCCUCCCACCCUUAGACAGAGUCCAGCCAGUGCCAAUUUGGACUCCAACAGCCGCCCUCAAGAUUGUCGAGGACCGAACAUAGGGCCUAGUAGAGGACAUGGUGCUGUCCUGCAUUUCUUCAGCCGUUUGCGUCGCCAUGCAAGCUUGGAAGGAGCAAGCCCUUAUUUAAAGAUCAAGAAAUGGAAACUAGGAAAUGUUCAGAGAGCAAGCAGCCUUGACACUAGAGGGUCUCCAAAGCGGCACCAGUUUCAGCGUCAGAGAGCAGCAAGUGAGAGUGCUGAACGAGAUGAUGUUAUACAGUGCAUUGUUCACACACAAGAUACCUUUCCAUCUUCCCCCGGACACUUCAUCUCACAGCAUGGGACCCCACCACACUCUCUCGGCAGGUUAGACCAUGGGGCAGAGGGCUCUCUAUCAAAUGUAGGGAGCACUGAGCAGGCACAGCUUCCCCCUCAGUGUGACAUUUGGAGCUUACGAGCAUCGCUGGAGCUUUGUGGUUCUGACCAAAGCAGCAGUAACAAUGAUCGUGACUCAGUACGUAGUGAUGCAGAUAGUGUGAGCUCUUUGAGUGAGCUUCCUAGCCUUUCUUCCCAGGACCUGCCAGAUAGUCGACCCUCACGUGGUUCAGAGUCCGAUACAGGAUCCCGAAAACUACUACAGAUGGACAGUGGUUAUGCAUCUAUUGAAGCCCCCUGUCGCUCUGCAGAGGAGCCAUGUAGCAGUCCUCGUGACAAAACUGCAUCUGAGAAAAGACUGUUUUUUACUUAUGCUGGGAGAAAAGGUACUGUCUUUGAGAGUUUGGAAGGUCAUUUAUAUGAGCAAAGUCCUUCAAAAGGGGAAGAAGAAGCUUGGCAGCCACAAGAUCUGGCACCACCCCCACGGGAAUCCAUCUUACAACGUGAUUACAGCAUUGAUGAGAAAACAGAUGCACUGUUUAAUGAGUUUCUAAGGCAUGACCCCCAAUAUGAUGACUCUCCUCUGCGUAUGAAGCAUCGAUCUCGUGCCCAUCUUCGCAAACAGUGGCAGAGAACAAAGCAGUAUAGUGACCCAGGAGUACGUUAUCCCCCAGCACUAGAUAGACACCGUGCACAACCACUACGUAGAGGAGACAGUACUAGCUACCUGUCUGACACACGCUACCACAGCACUUUGCCAAGGAUUGCAAGCUCCACCGAUGAAGAAGGGGUUGAUGGCCGUCUGCAAAGCUCUGCUUCACUUACUCCUGAAGACAAAAUCCAGGCUAUUGAGGAAGAGCCCAGUGAGCAUGGGCCAUGUCCUGAAGAGCCCUGUCCUGCCCCAGACCCUGAUCAAGAUUAUAGUUAUGGACCACAGACCACAGAACUACUCGAAAAGAUAGGUGUGGGGUUAGCGGAGCGACUCUACCCCAGUGUACAGAGGACAGCACGUAGUCCUGAAAGACUUUGCACUGUGGCACAUAUUUCACCAGAUCAUAGUCCAGUGUAGAACCGCUGAAAAGGGAGGAGAACCCAGGAAUCUGUAGCAGGGAGUUAAGAUAUUUUGUUAUUGAACUAGUAUAACAUUCACUGCUUCCAAACACUGCAGUGCCAAAUAAUGUAAAAACAGUAAUAGCGCACACAUUUUGUGUGGUUGGAAUAUAUAUUAUAAUAUAUAUACACUUACACACAUACCCAUAUUCUCUCUCCAGCUGCCAUACUGUGCUAUUUGGACAAUAAGCAUGACUGUAUAUACGAGCAGCUCAUCUGCAACAUGAACACAACAUUCCUAGGAACACAUACAGCUUGGUGGUUCACAUUGCAUCAUAAGCUGUACAAUUUUCUUCCAAGCAAUAUAAAAUUUCUUCCUGACCACUGGAUAAUAUGCACUGCCCUCAGGAAUUCUGCACCAGGGAGGUAUAGCGGGAAGGUAUGUUGCAAAGGCUGCUCUAGCUCUCUUUUCAUUUGCUACCAUUCUAGAUCUCCAUAUCCAAAAAAAUAAAAUAAAUUGAGAGUCACAAGGAAUGAUGGAGAAGGAGAUGGAAAGCUGCAUAAUAUUGCACCUGUUUUGGGGUGGCGUGUAUUUAUUUUUUUAAGCAAUUUCUUGUUUCUGUAUAUAUGGUCAGUUCUUCCCUUGUAUUCUCACAUUUGCACACUGUGGGGUACAUUUCCCAUUGAUUCCCUUAUUAAAUUACUAAUUAUUUAUUAAACUGAUCUCACAACCUGAAGGUGUAUGUGGGCACGUAAAAGCCUUUAGACAAAAAAAAAAAUACUUCCUAUAGAAGGCUAAAUUCUACUAUUAGGGGCCUUAAACCAAAUAAAGGUAUAAAUCACAAAGCCAAAAAUAAAAGAAUGAACACGACCAUUUUUCCCAAAUCCACACACGCAGAACAUCACUGAAAGGGUCCAAUAAACCCCAUUUGCAUUUUAUUGUAUAUGGGCUCAGGAAGGGCUGCAGAUGGGAUUAACCCAUGUUUUAUAUAAUACGAGAGUAUACAGCCAAAUGAACAAGGGAGAGGGAAAGAGUUCAAGUCAUAAAGUGCAGCAGUUGCUGGCCUCUGCAAAGUCCUAGAGGUCCAGAGAGUUGACUGGGGCAGAUGACGAGGCAGGGAGUUGGAGCAGAAUUAAUGGACGAGUCCCUCUGCAGCAGCAGUUUUGACGUUCACUCCAAAAUGGAAGAAUGCUUCCCAAGGAAUCCCGAAGAACAGCUGUAGUCUGCACCACUAAGCAAAGGAAAAUAGAUGAAUAUGAGUUCACCAGCAGCCUUAAAAUGUUUCUUCAGAGUGAUAAUUGUGCAUGGUAUGGGAAUAUAUGGAGCAGAUUAACAGACACAGAAUAACCAAAUCACUUUUCAGGCAUUUCUCUUGCAGUUCAAAAACAUUUAUAAAUGCAAAAAAUCUAAAUAUGAAUGAUAAAAACAAUAAAAGGAAAAUAACAGGUGAUAAUGGAAGGCAAGGCCAAAAGCAAGUAAAGCAAAGUAUGUUGCAGGAGUCUAUAACCUGUGGUCUGCACAUGGUACUUUGUGAAAUGGUAUGAAAAUAUUGAGCAAAAGCUACAUACAUUACAGAGUAGUGCACAAACUGGGUGGAGUGUGUGUGGUGUGUGUUAUUAUUCUUGAACACAAGGUCCGUGACAGAAACAGAAAACUGCCAGAAAUUAAAAUGAAAUACUUUGGUAUGUA